UAGAGAAUAACUGUGUUUACUUCGUGAUGAAAACAGAUGGAUAAAGCCUUCAGUGUGUAAAUAUGAUAUUAUUUCGGUCAACUGGACGAAAGGUAGUUUCCAUGCUGCCUUACGGAGAGACAUGGUCAACUACAUACUUCACGAUAAACGAGCAUUAGAAUUGAGAAACAUUUUCAAGCAGGAAGAAAAUUUAAUGAAAGUCCCAGAUGAAUUGUUUUUUAGUACACUGGCGUACAAUCCACAACUCGAAGCUCCAGGAGCAUGUCUCAAGUGUCACGAGUCGACUGAGAAUGAUUCUCGUGCAUCAUUUGUCGCUAGAUAUAAAAUAUGGUGGCCAAAUUAUUGUGCAACAGAUCAAAUUGUUCGUGGAAUUUGUAUUCUUGGAAUACAACAUUUGCAUGACUUCACACAACGGCCUGAAUUCUUUGUAAACAAAUUCAAUCCCGG